AGUUACCCCGGAAGUAGUCGUAGAAAUUCCCUUCUCACCAAAAAGGCAACAUUUCUAUUUUUUCGAAGGGUUUUUUGGGGGUUCAGUUCAGCCCAGCAACCCGCUUCUUUUAUUUCUAGUUCUCUUUUCUCGACACACGGAGGACGCCAACUGAAGCAACUAUUUAACAGACAGCGGCGGCGCGGCGCCAAUUAUCGCCUCUGCGCGCGUGUGCUUUAACAAUGGCUUUCGUUUGCCCAGUUGAUGCAAAGUACUCCAAUGAAAUCUCUGCUCUCCUCGCACCUCCUUCACCUCUCCAAGUUCAGGAAUAUUUUGACCAGCUUAUAUGGACAAGGCAGUGUCAUGGUCUUCGAGUGAAGCAAGAUGGAGCUUUAGGAAAAGGUGUCGUUGCUGAUGCUGCCUUCAAAGAAGGGGACCUUGUGUUGAAGGACCAAAUUCUCGUGGGUUCUCAGCAUACAUCAAAUAAGAUGGACUGCCUAGUGUGCAGCUUUUGUUUUCGUUUUGUUGGAUCUAUAGAACUUCAAAUUGGAAGGAAAUUAUAUUUUCAAGAUCUUGGAGUUUCCAGUAACCAUCAAUGUGAUGAAAUGGAGCCUUCAUCACCCAUGUCAGAUGAUUGCUGUGAAACUGAAUCGGAUGAUGACCAGGAGAUUGCAUUUAAAAAUAAUGAACACAUGGGAGGAUGUUCUUCCAGCAGUUCUAAAGGUGCGGCUGCUUUACCCAAAGGGCUUGUGGAAUCAUUGAUGAACGGUGGCUUAUCAUUGCCUUGCUCCAAUGAGUUUGCCAUGCCUCCGGCCAUUCCAUGUUCUGGGGGAUGUGGUGAAACCUUCUACUGCAGUAAAUCGUGUGCAGAAGCUGAUUGGGAAGUAUUCCAUUCUUUACUUUGCACUGGGGGAAAAACAGAAUCAUCACGCAGGGAAGCUCUGCUAAAAUUUAUACAACAUGCUAAUGAAACGAAUGAUAUAUUCCUUCUUGCUGCAAAGGCAAUUUCUGCCACUAUUUUGAAGUAUAGGAAGUUAAAGUUGGCUCGUUGUGAAGAGCAAAUGAAAUUCGGCACAUACCCUAUUCACAAUGUUGUUGAUCUAUCCAUUCUUUUGAAGGCAUGGAAGCCAAUCUCGAUGGGACACAAAAGAAGGUGGUGGGAUUGCAUUGCAUUACCAGAAGAUGUCGAUCCUUCUAAUGAAGUUGCAUUCCGAAUGCAAAUAAGAGAGAUGGCUUUCACGUCAUUGCAGCUCCUCAAGGAAGCAAUUUUUGACGAGGGAUGUGGACCAUUAUUCUCCCUUGAAAUCUAUGGCCAUAUAAUUGGCAUGUUUGAGCUGAAUAAUCUUGAUUUGGUAGUAGCAUCACCAGUGGAGGAUUACUUCUUGUAUAUUGACGAACUUCCAUCUCCUUACAAGGAAAAGGCUGAGGAAAUUACCCGACCCCUUCUCGACGCUCUGGGUGAAAGCUAUUCAAUUUGUUGUCAGGGUACAGCAUUUUUCCCUUUACAGAGUUGUAUGAAUCAUUCCUGCUGUCCCAAUGCAACAGCGUUCAAAAGAGAGGAGGAUAGAGAUGGACAAGCAACCAUAAUUGCAGCGAGGCCCAUCAGCACAGGAGAGGAGGUCACAAUUUCAUAUAUAGACGAAGACCUACCAUUUGAACAGAGACAAGCAUUGCUUGCAGACUAUGGAUUCGAAUGCAGGUGCCCCAAAUGCUUACAUGAGCAUCCAUAGCAUGGGGUUAAAGGGAGCCUUUCUGUUUUAAACAACGCAAUUAUAUAUUAAUGUUUCAAGAAUUCAGCAUUAGUUAUUUAUCCAAUCGCUGUAACCAUUUGAUCGAAUGGACACGUAGAAAAAAA